AUGGACACCCAACCCAGCAGCGGGCACGACAUGCUCAUACUCCAAGACGACAAGAAAGUAUCGAUCACAGACGAUGGCGUUAUCCCCGUUACUUCGCUCGGAGAAGGCCAAACCAUCUCAGCCAGUGCGUCAAUCGACCCUGCCGCGGAAAGACGGCUGGUGUGGAAGUUUGACCUGCGCAUCCUGCCCACGUUGGCCAUUAUGUAUCUCUUCAAUGCGCUGGACAAAUCAAAUCUGGGCAAUGCAAAGACUGCUGGACUCGAAAAGACUCUCCACAUGAAAGGCGACGAUUACAACCUGAUCCUGUCCAUCUUCUUCGUCCCGUAUGUGCUCGCGGGACCGAUCGUCGGCAUGGCCAGUAAAAGAUUCGGCCCAAGUCGCACCCUGCCGCUGAUGAUGCUGGUUUUCGGAUUCAGCACGCUGAUGACUGUCGCUGUGAAGAACUUUGGAGGUCUUUUUGCUUGCCGGUGGUUCUUGGGCAUGGCCGAGGGAGGGUUCUUCCCAAGCAUCAUCUUCUACCAGACCUUAUUUUAUCGCCGCGGCGAACUCGCUCGUCGUCUUGCCAUCUUCUACGCUGCCUCCAAUAUCGCCUCUGCCUUCGGUGGCCUCCUCUCAUUCGGCGUCUUCCAGAUCCACUCCACCUCGAUCGCAAACUGGAGAUACCUCUUCGUCAUUGAGGGCGCGUGCAGCAUGAUCUUCUCGCUAUUCGCGUUCUGGGUCUUGCCUUAUAAUGCCCAGUCCGCCAAGUUCCUGACAGAGGAGGAGAAACGACUGGCCUUCUACAGGAUGCAGGUGGAUUCGUCGUCGGUCGUGAACGAGAAAUUCAACCUUCGUUCUGCGCUGUCGAUAUUCAAGCACCCGACCAGCUGGGUGAUCCUCGUGAUCGAGAUCUGUCUCGGCGUCCCCUUGCAAUCGGUCACGCUGUUCCUGCCCGUGAUCGUCAACCAGCUCGGCUACUCGACGGUGAAAACAAACCUAUACACGGUGGCGCCGAACAUUACAGGGGCAGUGAUGUUACUGGUCCUAGCCUUCGCAUCGGACUUUACGCGCUGGAGGUUCCCCUUUGUCGCCCUGGGCUUUGCGUUUACGUGUAUUGGAUUUAUCAUCUUUGCGGCCGUGGAUCUGGAUACCCAAAUCAACACGGCCUACUUUGCUUGUUUCAUGAUGACUUGGGGCACGAGCGCGCCCAGCGUGAUCUUGGAUGUCUGGUAUAACAACAACAUCGCGGACGAGAACAAGCGAGUCAUGUUGACGAGCGUGGGCGUGCCCGUGGCGAAUCUGAUGGGUGUCGUUAGUUCGAACAUCUUCCAAAACAAAGACCGACCCAAGUAUCUCCCCGCGCUGAUCACGACCGCGACGUUCGGCGCCGUGGGCUGCGUCCUGACCCUCCUUUUGGGCGCCUGGAUGAUCCUGGACAACAGGCGCCGAAACCUCCGCGCCGUGAGCGACGGCGGCAAGAAUGUCCGCGCCAGGGACGUCCCGACCGAGUUGUUGCGCGAUGGGCCCGCCGCGCAGGAGUAUAGGUGGUUUUAUUAA